AGUUAUAAUUGUUGCUCUAGAGUCAGAUUAACUUAGGUCAGAUUUACUUAGGUCAAGUAUCAUACAUGUUGAAACCGUUGCUUUAAAUAAUCAGUUUUAGUAAAUACUACGUACCGUCUUGUAUACAUUAGCUGUGCCCGUCCUCUUAGCUCAAUAGGGAAAGCACAGAUCUACGGAUUGCGGGGUAGCGACUUCGAUCCCCGGGCGAAGCGCAUGUUUUCCGUGACGAUUUGAGAAAAAACAUUGUAGGGGGAGUUCGCAGUUAUUACAGUUAGAUCAGGUUUUAUUACCUGUACGAAAAAAGAACCUGUUUUACAGCUGUAAAACGUAUGCUAUAAAAUUUUUACUGUCGAAAGUUACAGCUGUAAAAUGGUCAUGUCUCAAAAUUACAGCUGUAACAUUUUUGGAGAGAAACAUGAGUAUUGUCAGCCAUCUUUAAUGCGUUUUGGCGGGAUAUAACUGAAAUUCACACAGACAUCACAUCUUGUAAAUGUUUGGAAGUUAAUGCGGUAUAGAAGGUAUCACCACUAGACAUGCUGGCUUUAGCUGCUGAUAACCAGACCCUCCAAAGACAGCUUGACAUUGCAAGACAACAGUUAUCACAACAGAUUCUACAUAAUGAAGAGCUUAGAAGAGAAAAUAGCACAUUGAAUAAAAUGCUCAACCCUCAAAUACUAGUGUUACACUUAAAAAAAGUGCUGUUUUCACUGUAGAAACUGUAAGAGACAGUCCAAUAAGGGACAAUUUCAAAUACUAUACUGGAUUUGUUUAUUUGCGGUUCAUGUGCAUUUUCAACUUUCUUGUACCGAACAAAUUUGCAAUACCUAUUCAGUUCUCUAGAACUAUAUCAAGCGUGAAGAACAUGAAACUCCAGGACCAGUUUCUGCUUACAAUGAUCAAAGUAAGACUUAACCUGCAGUUUAAGCAUUUGGGACAUUUAUUUGGCAUAUCCUCGCAAGAUGCCGGAGCUCUUUUCCGAGAAUGGAUAAACUACAUGUUCUAUCGCUUUGGGUCAGUACCGCUGUGGUCAGGUAGAGAACUUAUUCAGGAAAUAAUGCCAAAAACAUUCAGAGAAGAAUUCCCGGAUACCAUGAUAAUACUGGACGGCACAGAAAUCAAACUCCACCGGCAAUCAGCAUUAAGAACACAGAGUCAAUGUUACUCCGAUUAUAAGUCCUCAACAACACUGAAAGGUCUUGUAGGUGUAGACCCAAGAGGGUCUUUUACAUUUAUUUCUAUGCUGUUUUCAGGAUCUAUAUCUGAUAAAGAGAUCACAUCAGCAAGUGGACUUUUGGAAAUGUUUCAACAGCUGCUCGAUCGCGGUCGACUUAAACGUGGAGACGGUGUCAUGGUGGAUAAGGGUUUUUUAAUAAAAGAUGAAAUUGAAAAACUUGGACUUAAACUUCACAUUUCACCAUUUGCUCCUGGCUCAGGACAGUUGUCUCCAGGUGAUGUAGCAUUAACAAGGAAGAUUGCUGCCCACCGAGUUCAGGUUGAGAGAGCUAUUAGCAGAGCAAAGAAGUUUAAGAUAGUUGACAACAGAAUUGACCUGACACUUUUCCCAUGCAUAAAUCAGAUUUGGUUUUGCUGCUGCUUUUUAACUGGAUUCAUGCCCCAGUUGAUAACUGAAAAGAACUAACCUGCUGUGCCAGUGUACUGCCAACAUUCUGUGGGCCAUGGUCUGUGACAACUGUCUGGAAGGGUGUGCAUGCCAAAUAACUUAGUGGAGAGUCAUCUAGUGAAUGCAGUAACUGUAUAUCACUAUCUAGUAGGCUGAUACAAAUCAUAUAUGCCUAGUGCAAAAGUUCAAAAGAGUUAGAAUCGUCGGAUGCGCGAGGUGGGUGGGGGAUCCGGAAGUAAACAUGUGGCGGCACGAAACUAGAUUCUACUUAAAACUCGCCUGAUAUAAAACCAAUGAAAUUUAUCUAGCAUUAUUUAGAAUUGACUUAUUAAGUUUCAUACCCUGCCUUGCAAGUGCAGUGACCUUCUGUGAUUGUGUUCUCAUUCAGCGAAAUGUUGAUCACAUGCGGAGCGUCGUUCUUUCGUUGACUGUGAAACAUGCCCGCUUUCACGUUGAUUUCACCAUCAAUCGUCUUGAACAAUCUCAGAGAUUCAAUUUCUUGCAUACCAGACGGGGAUUUCCGGUAUCUUUACCGGUGCUGGAAAAAUCCAUCUUACACCCCGGGGUGUAAGAUGACUCUCGUGCUGUAAAUGACGUAUUACGAACUACAUAUAUGUAGAAGAUUUAUGUAGUUAUAUAUAUUUUAUUUAAAAAACGGAAUAAAAAUUCAAUACCUUGACAGUUCCUAUUGGUUCCUGAUAGUAUAUUUCUCGAUUCAAAUCGUUAUUUUAUCAAAAAUUCAUAACGUUACGCUGCAAUUGAUAAAACAAAACCGGAACUAAACAUUGUUAUUUAUUUUGAAACGUCAUGACGUCUUUCCUGUUUACGGACGUUGGUUUCCCGCGCUUUGUUUCAAUACACUGCCAUAUGAAAUAGUUCUAAAAAGAAAGCCGUUCGAUUGAUUUUAUUUUUAUUAUUAUUUCUUGAAUUCGGUAUGCAAGAAAAAGAUUCUGUCACUGGUUAUAGGUGCAGAUGGAAAUAUCCGGCUCUCGGGUAACUGUUUAGGCGGUAACUCGGCAAGGAGCCUCGUUACCGCCUAAACAGUUACCCUCGAGGCCGGAUAUUCCCAUCUGCACCUAUAACCAGUGAAAGAAUCUUAUAGUAUGCCUCAUUGGCGUACAUUCUACCCUGAAUAGUUGCUCUCGCGUAACGUCAAUUGCGCAAGCCUAAGAGCUUCAGUUGUUUAAUAGAAAUCAUUCUCACAUAAUACUUGCUUGAAAGCAAAUCUCUAAAAUUAAAACAUUGAAUUAUUCCUCUUCUUCACUUUAGAUUAAUAAUUAAAAUUCUACUUUCAUUCUUGAAGUUUCUUUGUUUAUUUAAAUUUAUAUAAAUUCUGAAUAAAUAUAGAUUUGAAUAGAUUAAUACUAUAAAUAAAAUUG